UCGAUUCGUUUCAUGUUCUCAGAUUGAUUCUCAGUCGGUCAGUCUUGCUUCUUUUCCUCACAAAUGUCUGGUGCAAUCAAGUUCUGUUCUGAAUGCAAUAACAUGCUCUACCCGGCGGAGGACCGGUCGACCAGCACGCUCAUGUACCGCUGCAGGAACUGCGACUCGACCGAGGAAGCCGAGUCGUCCCGCGUCUACCUCCACUCGAACAAGCAGUCGAUGAAGGACGAUGUCAGCCGCAUUCUGUCAGACGUCGCGAUGGAUCCGACGCUGCCACGCACGCACGACCAGCCGUGCGCAAAGUGCGGCCAGGCAGAGGCCGUCUUCUUCCAGGCUCAGAUGCGCCGCGCAACGUCAGGCAUGCAGAACUUUUACGUGUGUUGCAACUGCGGCGAGCGUUGGUCGCAGACAUAAAAGCGCCCGGCCCAAAAAGCCAACAACCAACAAGCAACAACCCCUCUAUUAGUCUCGUUCCUGUUAACCGAUUGCUGCCUUCCCUUCCUUCUCUCACCCCUAGUUUGUACAAUAGCAUAGAUUCUAAUUGAGUG